AUGAGCUCGCCUCAGAAGAAGACCGACGCUGCAGCAGAGGGGAAGUCCUCCGCCGGGAUAGAUACUCUCUCUAUCCCCGAGUACCGCGAGCGUCACAAAGCAAAGCGUGACGCUCUUGCUGCCAAGACUGCGGCGGGGACAACUCAACCGGAGAUUGUCCUCGAAGGUUCCUCUGUAGUCAACGACGCCGGCGAGGCCUCUUCAAGCAUGCGCAAGGAGUCUAUCGACAGCGAUAGUCUCGACCCGCAUGCCGGGUCGAGACGCCCUCGUGAAAGAGACGAAUCGGACGCUUCGAAGAUCGCAGACCGUGUGGGCAACACCGUGCCUCCAAAUGAAAUCCCGCUGUACGUAUGCAGCGGCAUCCACGACAAUGCUGUGGCGGAGGAGCAGCACUUUGAUCCGCUAACGAAUCCAAGGCGCGAUUAUUACAUCGAGCUCUUCCACGAACUCCGGUACUUCUCCAGCAAGAAGACCUCUUCUCGCAGCAAAGUGCCUGCCACUCAGGCACUUUGUCAAAGUUGGAAUGCUUUUGUUGAGAACUUCAACAAGAAACCGGCUGCUUACCGCGAGCGGGUUAAGCAUGCCCGUGAACGCUUCGAGACAUUCUCGACGCGUGGGCGGCUGGAGCAGCUCCACAGAUCCUCUGUGGACGCUGGUAUUCCAUGCGCUGUGCCCGAAGGCCAACAGUGCACGUUGUGUCUUCCGGGUGCGGCGCGCUUGAGCGACCGCGACCUAAACGGGUACACGCCGAUUCGUGUACCUGCGAGUCUCAAAGAUCUCCGUGCCAAGUUCCUGGCACGUGAGGAACGCGACGAUCGUGGGACUUCGGGCGCUGCAGGUGACUACAGCGCUCGCUCUACCUUCGCACUGGCAGAACGUGGUGAGCUUCGUACGCCCUCACCAUUUCCGGAACGUCCUGCAGCAGGACGUCCCGGGGCUCCCAUGUAUCUUGGUGGGGCGGUAACCCUCUCCAACGAAUUCGAUAACGAGCCGGUUGCCGGUUCGUUUUUGGGAUACUAUGACUCACAUUACGCUCAACAAUCCAACGUGUUGAGCAGCGGGCGUCGCGGAUCGGAGGCGGCGGUGGUGGGAACACGCCCCGGCUAUGGUCAACCUGGGGUUGACCUUGGCCCGACGCUCGAGGAGCGGGUUGCUGCUGUGGAGCAGCAUCAGAGCCGGGAGUUCGCCGCUCUGAAGCAGGGGGUGGCGAUCCUGAGGGAUCAAGUCGCUCAGGGCUCGCAGACCGCGUCAGACAUCUCUGUCGACGUGGGAGGCCGCGUCGUGCGCUUGGCCCAGCGCGUUCACGCGCUGGAGCAGAGGUUCGCUCCCGCUGGGGCUUCCGCUUCGGGCCAGCCGAGCUAG